AAGGAAGUUCUGAAAGAAUGGAAAGUCAAUAUGAUAAAAAGGGUUUAAUGGUGAAGAAUACCUGAAAAUGAUCAAAAACACAAAGCAAGACACUCUUAUGUUUAGGCUGAAUUUCUCGACCCUUUUCAUUAACACAUUUGUUGAAUCAACUUUGAGUGGUACCAAUCAAAUAAAUGUGGUGAAUAAGUUGGUCUUGGUAAAAGACUUCUCUAAAAUUGAUUGGUGCAAGUAUAUUCUAGAUUGUUUGGUCAGCAGAAAACAACUUUGGAGAAGAGAUGAUAACAUAUGCUAUUACAGUGGACCUAUACUCGUUUUGACGCUGGUGUAUAUGUAUAGGAUAAAGUUCACGGGUUUGAAGAUAGUGAAAAGGUUACCGUUUGUUAGAAAUGUUACAGAUGAGAUGUUGGACGGGAUGAUGAGGGAUUAUUGUGCCGAGGAGGUUUUCGUGGCUGUUAUCGAGCAUAGCUAUGGAGUAAUAUUGUCCGAAAAGAAGAAUAUUGAAAAAGCACUAAAACAUGGAAUUGAGAAAUUCCCAGACAACUUGAUGUUGAAGGAGUGGUGUGAAAAAAAUAAAGAAUUGUUCAAAGAAGUGAAUAAUGCAGAGACUGGAGGAAUGAAAUAUAAUGAAGCUAGUUUUGAUGAUCAUAGUAACAAAGGAGAGGCAGAUGGUGGUAAAGUAGAAGGAUUCUCUCCAGUUAGAGGAUUGGUAGUUCAUGGGGAAAAGAAGGAUGAUGGUGGAGGUUUAGUACACCUAAUAUGGAUAAGGUAG